AUUUUUAGUCUGCAAAGCUUCUCUUUAUCUGUAUUCGAUCUUUGCAAUAUACCAAACCCUACUGUUGCAGUUCGGGAGUUCCUUUCUUGUGAUCCCUCGAGGCCUCCUCCUUUUCUCCGGUUCUCCUCCUCCUCUCUCUCUCUCUCUCUUAUUGAUACUUUCUGAGCUCUACUUAUAGUUUCAGUCGUCUUUGAAGAUCUCCUUGGUACCUUAAUUUUCAGAGAGUUCCAGCAUUAAAGCAGCUGUUCCGAAGUAGUCCGCCGCGGUUUUCUCUCUCUAAAAAUUGUUCUUUAUACGCCACUUUCCUUGACCGUCUUUGAUCGUCUAGGUUUGCUGCUUUUCCUCCGAUGAAUCGGCACUAGACGCAUAAAAGCUGGAGUUUUUGAGAUCGGAACCUCGCUGCGAGGGAGAUCUAACAGAGGCAGAGUGGGAGAUAGAGGGCAGAGGGUGAGAGGAGAGAGAGGUGGAGAGGGAUCAAGACCUAGUGUUUCUUUAAGGUCUUAACUUUCUUCCAAGAUCGUUUCUUUGUGGUGUAAUGAGGUCGGAGGCUCGGCUGGAUUCCGCGGUCUUCCAACUCACGCCUACUCGAACCAGGUGUGAUUUGAUAAUCAUAGCAAAUGGCAAGACAGAGAAGAUUGCGUCUGGCUUGUUGAAUCCUUUUCUUGCCCAUUUGAAGACUGCCCAGGAUCAGAUUGCCAAGGGUGGCUAUUCCAUAAUCCUUGAACCAGACCCAGAAACCGAUGCAGCGUGGUUCACCAAGGGAACCGUAGAGAGGUUUGUUCGUUUUGUGAGCACACCUGAGGUCCUAGAGCGUGUGACGACCAUUGAGUCUGAGAUCUUGCAGAUUGAGAAUGCCAUUGCCAUUCAGGGGAAUGAUAAUCUUGGCUUGAGCACUGUGGAAGACUGCCAAACAAAGUCAUCAGAAACUACAGAAGGUACCAAGCCCUCCGGUGGUCCUGAUGUAGGAAAGGCAAUAGUUCUUUUUAAGCCUGCUUCACAACCAAAUCCACUAGAUUCUAAUGGUUCCCCCACACAGGAGGAGAAUUCAAAAGUUCAACUUAUAAAAGUGCUUGAGACCCGUAAAAUGGUAUUGCGGAAAGAACAGGGUAUGGCCUUUGCACGUGCUGCGGCAGCUAGUUUUGAUAUGGAUAAUAUGGUGGAUCUGAUACCAUUUUCUGAAAACUUCGGUGCCUCACGUCUAAAGGAAGCAUGCUUACGAUUUAUGGAGCUAUGGAAAAAAAAGCAUGAUACUGGACAAUGGCUUGAAGUUGAAGCUGCAGAAGCAAUGUCAAUUCGGUCGGAAGUUUCUGCUUUAAAUGCCUCGGGCAUUAUGUUUGCUGCAGAUUCUAUAAUGCAGAAAGAUCAUGGUGAUUCCCGAUCUGUCUCAGGUGGCGAUAUCGUUACAGGGAGCAAUGGAAAAGCUGACAAACAAAUCCCUUCAGAUUCAAAGGUGCCACUGGGACACCAGGAGCAUUUUCAUGGUGGUUUCCAGCAUCCCACUUAUCCACAGUGGCCUAUGCAUUCUCCAGCAGCUCCUCCAAUGUUUCAACCUUAUCCCAUGCAAGGAAUGCCUUAUUAUCAGAACUAUCCAGGGAGCAUGCCAUAUUAUCAUCCUCCAUAUCCUCCAAUGGAGGAUCCUAGAUUCAAUAGCUCUCACAGGAAGGGGUCGAAAAGGCAGUCAGUGGAUAAUAAAGAUACUGAAUCUGAGACCUGGGAAAGGAGUACACGUUCACAGGAUAAUUCAGAUCAAAAUACAUCAGAUCUCGAGGAAGAAGGUUCUCAUGGUCAUAAAUCUCAUAAAAGAGUUGGUCGGUCAGGAAAGAAAAAGUCUGGUGUUGAAGUCAUUCACAACAUUAAUUACAUCACAUCUAAGAAGCAUGUUGUAGGCGCAUCGGAAAGUGACUCACAAUCUGUCACUGAAUCUGAUGUUGGAGACGAAGAUGUGCAUUCUGAUGCACGAGAAAGAAGGCACAAGCACUCUGUGAGGACUUCUAAGAAAGAAGAUGGUCGAACAAAAUCUGUAGAAUAUUCAGAUGCCUCUGGCCAUGAUAAAGCUGCAUAUGAAGAGGAGGCAGAUUCUGGAAAUUGGCAAGCAUUUCAGAAUUUCUUACUAAGAGCUGAAGAAAAGUCGAGAACAUUUGAUGGAGACAUGUUCACAGGAGAAAAAGAGCCUCGGUCGAAGAGAAAGCAGAGCAAAGGUGAAGCUGAUCCUAUUGUUCUUCCUGAGCGAGUUUAUGGUGAUUUUCAUGACCAGAGGAUGGUAGGCUUUGAUUCAGUUAAUGGGAAAGCAAUUCGAAUGAAGCAGGCAGCUUCUGAUGAUCAAUUGCUGGUUUCAAGUAAUGAAAGAGAUUCAACAUAUGACCAGUUCAAGGAAAUAGGAAGUGGUGGAGGAGCAUAUCGGCGGAUGAGCAGUGAUGAAUUCAUGAUUCAUGGGCAAGAAAAGCUACUCAGCUUUAAGAGUCCUUCUGACCCACUUGUUGAUAAUGUGGAUGAGCAUGAUGGUGAUGCAGUCAAGAGCUCCUCAUACAACAUAACAGAUGAGUCCUUCUUGCUUCCUUAUAGGUCAGGUUCACAGGAUCCUGGAUCAGACAGCAUAAUUGCUAUUGACAUGGAUUCUGAGUUCCCCUCAUCCCUUCAAAAAGCUAAGGAUUCAUAUGAUAAGGGAAAAAACCAACUUAGGUAUGAACCGGAUGAUUUGUCCUUGGUUGCUGAACGUGGAAUGGAAAGUGUAUCUAUAGGAUAUGAUCCAGCAAUGGACUAUGAAUUUCAGAGUCCUAUUGAAAAUGCUGUCAAGCAGGAAGCCAGUAACCAAGAGGUUCUCUCGGCGGUCACUAAAGAAGAAUCAAAGAAAUUAGAAAAGGGGAAAAACUUAAGAGCCUCAAAUGAUAGCAUGGAGAAAAGGAGGAGAGAUGCACUAGUGAAGAAAGGGACAUCCUCAAGGCUUAACCAAUUGACUGAAGCACAAAAGCGAGCAGACAAGCUGCGGUCUCACAAAAUUGAUCUACAAAAAAUGAAGAAAGAAAGGGAAGAUGAAGAGAGAAAACGUCUCGAAGCUUUGAAAAUAGAGAGGCAAAAGAGAAUAGCUGCAAGAAGUAAUUCCGCAGCCGCUAAGUCACCAUCGACUCCACAGCAUACAAAGACCCGUUCAGCCACAAAGCCUUCACCAAGUCCUUACAGAGGAUCAAAGUUUAGUGAUGCAGUGCCUGUUUCUUCACCUUUGCAAAAAUUGCCUAUUAGAAACUCUUCAAACGGAUCCAGUGAUGCUCAGAAAUCUACACAAUCUAGCAGAGUAAAUGGCAGUAACCAUGGGUUAACUCGAUCAGCAUCUUCAUUACCUGAGGUUAGGAAAGAAAGUAAUGGACUCAUGCCAGAAGCAAAGACAGAUUCUAUUCGGAUGAAAAGACUCUCUGAUCCAAAAAGCAGUAAUACUCACUGUGCUUCCUCAGUGAGGUCUGUAACUACAGACCAAGUACCUAAGAGAGGCGUACCUGAUGACUCUCAGAAAAAGAUUACUGCAAUUAUGCAACUGGACAAAAGCAAGUCAGCAACUCUGCCGGAGCUUAGAAUUAAAACACCAAAAAUGUCAUCUGAAAGAGUUGAAAAGGAAACAACUAGCAAAGACACAUUGCAGAAAGGGACUGGAAGCAAAGCUUCUCAGGUUUCUGAUAGCAUGAACAGAAAAUCAACCAAGGAGAAGCCAUCUAGCAGCUGCGACAAAAAUCCAGUGAUUGAGAAGACAGUUGUCUGCCUCAAAAAUAAUGUAGUCACUGCUCCUGUUGUCCGUGAAUCCGAUGAUAUGAUAGACACAAAAGAGAGAUCACAUGGAGAUGGUCUGGGUACAGGAUAUGCAGCUAUUCAUGCUCCACCUUCACCUAUUGUUAUAGUUCAUUCUGGUGAAGGCAAGUCGAAUAAACAGCUUAGUUCCUACGAGGUGGUUGUUCCGUACUCGAGCAAUGAGCCUCAGCCCUCAAACUUGAGUGCAACAGAAAAACCUUAUCAAGCCCCUUAUGCCAGAUUAUCAUCAUUGGAUGAUCCUGUUACCGGUAAUUUAGGAUGUGAAGGAGGUGUACCUGCAUCUGCAUCAGUGUCUGAAGUGGCUGCAGUACAUGCUGCUAGUGCUACAAUACAUGUAUCCAGUUUGGAGAUUUCAAAUUCAGGGGAUUAUACACAUGAGAAGCCAUGGAGCAAGGAAUUGAAAGGUUUCAGAAAGUUGUUGAAAUUUGGUCGAAAGAGCCACGGCUUAGCUUCAGGCGAUGGUGACCUUGAUGCAGAUGCUUCAUCUGUUGAUGAUCAAACAGUUGCUGCUGCUACGUCCAAUGAUGUUUUUCGUCCGUUCUCCCUCCUUACGCCCUUCCGUAGUAAGAACAGCGAGAAGAAACUGGCAGCAUGACAAGCAUGACGAGCGAUGUUCUCCAAAUUUUGUCAAGCACGACGAGAAAGAUAAAUCAAGCUGAGGAAGAUGAAUCUGCUUCUGUCAAGUAAAUAGUAUGUGUGGGAUGAGAUAUUUUGGGUUUCCAAAUUAGCCAUACACCAUUGUUUUGCAACCAUAGUGUAAGAUUUGUGUUGUUCCUCACCUGUUCAUAUCAUUGUUGGUCCAUUUUGGUGCCUUCGUUUGUAAAAUAAUAGUUCAUGUGGUUGGAUAAUUGAUGCAAACUUAUAUCUUGAAGUACUCGAUUUGUAAUGUGAUCUAUAUCGAGAAGCAAUUUGCUUA